AUGGCGGACAACCAGCAGAAUCUCCCCUGCCAAUGGUGUGUGGCCUCUCUUCCCAAUGAGUGCGAUGCUUGUGCCUAUUUCCGUCCAUUUCCCUGCAAGUUCUGCAUCGCGCGCCUCACUACCUUGGAGAGGCUCGAGCACCACGUAAAGAAGGAACACAGAGGAGCUGAAGAGGUGGCUGAGCCUACUGACGCUGUGGCCGAGCCGACUGACGCUGUGGCCGAGAAUCUCUGA